AUGCCCGCUGAGCUGGGCGCCUGUCCACACCUGACGGGACUGAUUCUUCCGAUCAACCAGUUGACGGGCGAGAUUCCGCCUGAGCUGGGCGGCCUGUCCAACCUGACGGGCUGGUCUGCUCCGUCCAACCAGUUGACGGGCGAGAUUCCGCCUGAGCUGGGCGGCCUGUCCAACCUGACGGGGCUGUUGCUCCGCGACAACCAGUUGACGGGCGAGAUUCCGCCUGAGCUGGGCGGCCUGUCCAACUGA